AUGUCUGCCCAAAAAACUUUAUUUGCAAACACCGGAGAAACUGCUGGCAUGGUUGUUCUUCCAAAAAAUGUGUUCGAGCAAUUCACUAACCAUGAGGGAGAAUUCAAGGAAACCCCUACUAUUGAUGUCCAAGCAUUAUUAAAUUUGUAUGAAGCAGCACAUCUGAGAGUGCACGGGGAAGAUAUUCUUGAAGAAGCUCUCAACUUUACCAUCAAUCAUCUCGAGUCCAUUGUCACAAAAUUGAGCAAUAACUCGCUUAAGGUUCAAGUUACUGAAGCCUUAAGCCACCCUAUUCGCAAAACUGUACCAAGGGUGGUAGCAAGGAAAUACAUUUACAUUUACGAGAACAUUGAAGCGCAUGAUGAUUUGCUUUUGAAAUUUGCCAAAUUGGAUUUUAACAUGUUGCAAAAGCUUCAUCAAAGAGAGCUUAGCGAGCUUACGAGUUGGUGGAAAGAUUUGGAUCUUGCAAACAGAUUGCCAUAUGUAAGAGACAAAAUAGUGGAGAGUUACUUGUGGAUGUUGGGAGUGUAUUUUGAGCCUCGAUAUAGUCGUGCGAGAAAAACGCUAAUAAAAGUAUUCAAAAUGAUCUCCACCAAUGAUGAUACAUUUGAUGCUUAUCCAAUCUAUGACGAACUUGUGCUUUUCACCAAUGCAAUACAGAGGCAAAAGCAAGAUAAGGAUCCUCUAGCAAAGCAAAUCUGGGCAAAAGGAAUACCAUUCAAAGUCUCUUUCUUCAUGUGGAAACUUUUCAGAAAGAAACAACCUCUGGAUGACAUUAUAUUGAGGUUUGGCCUUCAAACAAUUUCCAGAUGCUCAUGCUGUAGAGUACCUAAACCUGAAACUGUUGACCAUCUAAAAGGUUCAGCAAGAUGGAAGCCAACUGGGGAUGGGAAACUAUCUGUCUGGUGGCGGAAAGAAUCACUAGCAGCUUGGUUUACAGAUGGUAGUUUCAUGGGACGAUUGAGACUAGCAGGAAUAGUGGGGAUUGCUGCUACCUAUGGAAUUAACACACACACAUCUUGUAUUAGAGAUGGACUCCCUAGUGGUGGUCAACAUGCCAAAAGGACAAGUCGUACCCCCAUGAGAUUGAGAAAGGCAGUAGAGGAAGCUCAAAAGAAAAUUCGGGAGAGGCAAAUUGAAAUCAAGCAUUGCUAUAGGGAAGCCAACGCAAUAGAUGAUGCAUUAGCCAAGGAGGCAACCACAAUGGAUGGUGAAAAAUUAUAG